GCAGUUUACAGUUAUACUUCACAACGCAAAGCUUGAGCUCAGAAAGGGACUGCCUUCAGGAGGACAUUUUCCUGUUUUACUAAAGAGAGACAAAUUGAACAAGAUGAAACUGAUUCUUCUCCUCCUCAUCUCCUGCCUCGCCUUACAUAGCACAAAGGGAGCACCAAGGACUGCUGUGUAUAAGUUUGUGAGAUGUAACCCUGAUGGUGACCAGGCCAACUGUGUGACUCAACAAAGCCCAGAGAUGGAGUGGAGUCCAGAUCUGCCAUCAAAACUGCCUGCUUCUGCUGCAGAGUAUCUGGAGGCAGAGCCUGUGGAGGAUGAGAACUCACCAAUGGAGGAGAACGAUGAGGAAGAGCAGGAAUACGAGGAGGAGGCAGAGGAGGAGGAAUCGAAACUGAGCGAGUCAACUGGAAUAUUCCUGGGCGAGGAAGGUUCUGGUGGUUAUGAAGGCUCUGCAGCUGAAGGUCCAUACAUAGCGGACAAGAGCAACCUCGGUGAGACUGGUUCUGGCAUGCUCUGGAAAGAAAGUGGAGAUAUGAGUGACCUGAGGAGGCUGUUCGCCAGCAGGCGUACAAGCGAUGAGGUAAAACCCGAUGAGAGUGAUUACAAAGAAGACCACCUUCUGCAGCUGUAGACUGGACUGCCAACCACUCCGAAGCACAUAAACAAGGCUGGCAUCUAAUUUGAUUCCCUGUCUGGGCUUAUAGUAAACUCCACCUGCUGGGAAAAAACAAAUGCCAUUUUUUGUACUCUCUGUGUUAUUGUUAUUAAUUAUUUUCAGAAAGGCCAAAACAACGACUGUAAACAAUGUGAAAAUAAUUGUGCCAGUAUUGUGCUUUCCUAUGGAAAAAAGCUUUCAAAUGCUUUUUUAAAUAUAAAUAAAAAUAUUCUUUUAAAUCAUUGUAAUACCAGUGCAAUAAAAGCAUGCCUUUGUCCAUG